AUGGCUCGUUUCAGUAUAUUACUAUUCACGUUUUUGUGUGCUUUUGUCGCUGCUACUCCAGUGUGGCCUGCUUUCUUCAGGUUUCCUGGAACGAGAGCCCAGACGAAACCUAUUGCGGGAAAUUCACCAUUCCAAACGUGUGACGCGGAAGAGCAACAGCUUCUGGAUGUUAAGCUUGUCAACUUGUUGCCCAACCCUCCCGUUCGCGGCGAAAACAUUACUAUUUCUGCGGCAGGCUUUGUGAAGGACACCAUCGAGGAAGGUGCUUACGUUGAUGUCGAGGUCCGCUUGGGCUAUAUCAAGCUGCUCACCCAAACGUAUAAUUUGUGUGAAGAGCUCGAGAACAAUGACGUUGGGGGGUUGAAAUGCCCCAUCAAGGCCGGGGACUAUAUCAUUGAGAAAACGGUUGAAAUCCCCAAAGAAGUUCCUCCCGGAAAAUACUCUGUCGUCGCAAGGGCCUAUACGGAUGAUGACGACGAAAUCACUUGUCUAAGCGGCGACAUUUACUUUCCAACCUACUAG